AUGUCUGACACCCAACCCUGGCUACCCAGUUCCCCUGAAUGGCUUGAGGCAAUUGCGCUACAUCAGCAGAGAGAAUUCAAUCAACUCCUUGAUGAACUUGAGCACCGUGCAAUAUCACGUCAGUUUGAAGUUGAAAAGAUGGGGCUUCCAAGGACAGAUUACAAAACCCGUCAGCAAAUAUCGUCCUUAUUAGCAAAGCGGGGAAAAUCACUGAGCUCCAUGCUGGAGAAAUACAAUUGUCUAGCCACUGCCAUGAACCCUCCCAAACCAAGACUGAGCUGGGAUGAUGUCAUCAGCCUCGAAUUCCUUUCUGAUAUCGUGAUCUUGCAGGGCCGUGACGAUGUACACCAGAAGCCAUGGGCAAAGCCCCUUCUUUGUAACGCCACUCGAGCUUGGUAUAAGUUGCAACAGGCCUGUGAAGAGAUCGAAACUGUCAGCCUUGAGGCUCGUCGGGUAUGGGCUGCAAUGGAAUGCGAGGAAACUCACCUGCGGGGGGCUAUUGAGAAUACACCGUUGACCGAUCCCGCUCUAGCCGAAUACAUCUCCAUUACCUCUCGAUACCACUGCAAUGUCAAUGUGCACCUACACGCCAAACUCACUCAGUUGGAUAAGGUUGCACACUUUCUAACUCAAAGGGAAGAAAGGCCACCAGCAAGCCCCGCCCCCAUGAAGCUCCAGGCAAUCUAA